AUGGAAAAAUUCAAUCUCAUGUUGCAUGGUCACGUUGAUAUGGAUACCUUUUGUUGCAAUCCAUGUUUGUUUACAUGUGAGGGAUAUAGUCAUAUCGAAUAUCCCGUCAAGUCUCUGGGUAUGGGAAUUGAAGUUUUUGGAUGUUGUUCCGGUUUGUUCCUAUUAAGGCAUGUUAGUAAGUUCCACGAGUGUGUUCUUAUGCUGUGGAACCCAACUACAAAUGAGUGUAAGAGAAUACCGAAUCCACCAGCUCGAACAAAGGCUGAGGGAAGGGAAUAUGAAGAAUAUGGUUUGGGUUAUUCUGUACGAAUUGAAGAUUUCAAAGUGGUACAUUUAACCGAGGCUUUGCAGGAAGGUAUGUGUGAGGUUCAGGUCUAUUCGUUGAAAUCAAAUUCAUGGAGAAGAGUUGAUAACGUAGAGAUAGAUGAUUUGUAUUGGCAUGGAAUGUUCCAUGCUGAUGCGGUUCGACAGGCCGUUGGCGGAGCUGCCCAUUGGUUAGCGUAUGUGGAAGCUACCUUAGAAGGUCAAUUGAUUCUCCGUUUUGAAUUUUAG